AUGCCCGGUCUUGAUGAGAACGUCCCAUCACGAGCUCCAGACGGGCCCGGAGAUACAACAUUUACUCCAACCAUUGAUGCCCGAAGCAAGGACGAUACGAACAUAUUCCCGCUCGAUGGCGUUGAUAUCGAGAGCGUUUCGAACAAGGAAUUAGUGCGGCUUGGGGAGACUGCUCCUGUGCUCUACCAAAUCGGCUCAAGCAAAGUCCUACAAAUUUGUCACGACCUAGUAUUAAAAUGCGGGCCUUUAGUUCUUCCCAGUGAGGGUAGAGCUCUAGAGUUUGUCAGAGCGAGGACCUCAAUCCUAGUUCCUCGGGUCUACCGCACAUUCCAGGUGGACGACCCCUUCGAGUACUAUGGGACACGAGGCUAUUUGGUCAUGGAUUAUGUCAAGGGCCAAAAUCUGGGAGAUUGUUGGAAAUAUCUCACCAAACAUCAAAAGGACGAUGUGAUCUGUCAGACAGCGGCGAUAAUAAAACAACUUCAAUCGAUUCCGAUUCCAACAGCCGGCCCUCUUGGAGGGGAUCCUUGUCGGGGUAAAUUCUUCACAGACUAUGGUGCCGGUCCAUUCAAUUCUGGGUCCGAGAUGGAAGCUUGGUUUAACCACAAACUCAAGAUAUGCAAAGAUUAUAACCAGGCCCCCCAAAAUAUCCCCUCAUUUGACUUUCAGAAGUUCGUCCUCGUGCAUCAGGACAUCAGUCCUCGAAACAUGAUAUUGGACGCUGCUGGAAAGGUUUGUUUGAUAGACUGGGCACAUGCGGGUGCUUACCCUCCUGCAUUCGAGCGAGCCGCGAUAGCCGAGCAGUACAGAUUCCCGGAGUUCAACAAAAUGAUACUUCAUGUCAUGCCAGAAUACGACGUCGAGGUGCGGCAACUGCAGUCAAUUUGGUAUGGAUUAUCAGUUGCCAGUCUCGCAUAA